AUGUCUGAGGCGUAUCGGGGACUUCUCCGUGCGUCGAUGGAGAGCACGCUCGUUCGUCAUAUAGAUGCCCUGAGACAGCAGUCUAUGGAAACACGCUCUGGGAGGGUGCUCGAGAUGCUAUCAGAUGAAAACAUUGCUGCUGAUGUGGCUUGCCUGAACGGUGACCUCCUACCCUUGUAUUGGCGCGGUCUCAAUCAUAUUCGUUCACCCCUUCUCCGCCUUCCGCCAGAACUCAUACGUCUGAUCCUACUUGCAGUCACCGCAGGCCAGCCUCGUUGGCUCCGGCCCUGGCUUUAUAUGGGACAUAUCUGUCACGAUCUGCGCUCUGCGCUCUUGGGCAUGCAUGUACUGUGGGCUGGCGUCGUUUACGAUUCACGGUAUGCUCGCGGCUACGACGAGCUUCUGAAUAGGGCGGGGAACGUCCCCAUCAUCAUCUAUAUGACACCGAGGACCCCAGAGGAGCAUUUCAAUCGCGCCUUUGCAUUACUGUCGAGAGCACGCAUCAUAUCACUCGAUUACUCGCUGCGAGAGCGUGUAGCUGUCAUUAUCGAAGCUCUCCGGAGGGGGCCACACCAUGUUCUUGAGGAACUCCGAGUCCGUCUCGCAAUAUUUGAAGAACCACUGUUGUCGCAAGAUAGUCCUCUACUGUCACCGGACCUCCCAAACCUGAUCGUACCGCGAUUGCGCGUGCUUGAGCUUAAGGACGUGUUCGUCCCGGUAGACAUGUCCCGUCUCAGCGAAUUGACGCUCGAGUGGACACGCCCAGCACCCACCCCGAUCCCCGAUGCCUGUGCUUUCGUCGACAUGCUUUGCUACUGCAGCAACCUCACCGUAUUGGUGUUAGACGGUUGGAUACCAGAAUGUGACGCCUUGCAACGGCUACAUCAAGAGGGCCGGCGUAUAACUCUACAUCGCCUGGCUCAUCUUGGUCUUAGGCAGGACAUGCCGCAUAUGGCUGCGUUCUGGAAUAUCGUCGUUAUGCCACAAUCCGCUACCCUGUCCGUGAACGCAGUCGUCGAGGAGCCAUGCGAUCUGGAUGGUUUACGCGAUCACACACGGUCGUUGCGCACGCUAGUUGCGCACACACAAGUAGGCGGAUUGUCCAAGAUAUCUAAGCUCGCCGCCUGUAAGCUUCAAGACCAAAUCCUCGAGAUACGGCUCGGGGCUGCGGACGAAGAGCAACCGGCAACACCGGAACUUGCAUCAAGACCGCGUCACCCGCCGCUUGUAUCGUGGAAGACGUUCAACUCCUGCUUCUCGCUUACCGUCUCCACAAACAUCAGUCGCCCGAACGAAGUGGCAAAGUUCCUGAAGUGCCUUUUUGAAAACCUGAAGAUGCGCGUCGAGAACAUCGAUACGCUGCAUCUUUCACUAGAUGACGGCUGCUUCUCCCUGCAACCCACGGAUGAUCAAUACGGUUACUCCUUGCACACCAUGUUCCCCGCCAUCGCCGUGCUAGAUCUUCACGGCUUCGACGAAGAUGAUGUCGCGCACAUCCUCGACGCCUCGAGCGCACGAGGAUGUCACUAUCAUCCACGAGUUCAGGCACUCUUCAUACACGACGCGUUUUCGCCGGAGAUUGCCGAUGCUGUCGAGAGACGCGUGAAAUACGGCGACGGGAUAUUGCAGGUUAUCACUGUCGACGAGUACUCUCUUUCUUCUUGUUACUUCGGGGUGGACGAGACAACGAGAAACUUGAAACGUCUAAAGGCCGUCGUGCCCCAUGUCCACGUCGUUCCGCCCUGGUUCAUUCACUAG